AUGGAAGACGAGGAGAGAUCCCGGCAGGCCCUGCGGGAGCCUGGGGGCCAGAUCCAUCUGGUGGGGGACGCCCCGGAUGACUGCUCCCUGCACAUCAGCGACGUGAGAGCCGGAGACAGGGACCACUACUACUUCCGCUUUGUGAAGGGAGACUUUAAAUACAGCUACAUGGUGACCCAGCCACUGGUGGAUGUGACAGAUCUGACGGAGCAGCCGGUGCUGAGGGUCCCCGAGGUGCUGCUGUCUGGACAGCUGGUGAUUGUGACCUGCCAGGCUCCAGGGUCCUGCUCUGGGACCCCUCCCCAAAUCACAUGGACAGGAGGGUUCGACUACACAGCCAGGAACGUCUCGCUUGCCCUGAUGAAUGGCAGCAUCUCGUACAGCUCUGAGCUCAGCUUCACGCCGGCCCCGGGGGAUGAUGGCAAAGAGCUCGUCUGCAUGGUCACGUACCCCUCUGUGGUUGGGGUCUUCACCCGCACAGCCGUCCGACUCCACGUCCGCUCUGGCUUCUCCCUGACACUCGUGGUGGCCUCAGCAGCUGGUGGGAGCCUCGUGGUGGCCUCGGCAGCUGGUGGGAGCCUCGUGCUGCUAACCCGGUCUGUCCCCGGGGAGAGCCCUUCAGAAGAAAGGGAGGAGGAGGAGGAAGAUGCUACCGGGGGAGAGGUGACGGGGAACAAUUCACAGAGGAAGACAUCUACGCCAACGCCUAAGGCCAGAGAGGGGGACAGGGUCAUUGCAGGGCUCGAGCUAAAGAGAGACUGGUGGUAG